AUGCUCUGCAACGUCGGCUAUUAUUUCAGACUGUUCCAAGAAUCUCCUUUUUAUUUGGACAACGUUCAAGUUAGAGACAUUAGGCGAUAUACAGAUAAAUAUAAUGAAAUUCAUCGGGAAAAACUAGAGCCAGAUUUUUCACGAUUACCCGAAGAACUUUGUUGGCGACACCAGCGAGUGGAGGUCUCUGCGGCGAAGAAGCGUAAACUGAUCGAUGAUUCGACAGAAGUUGUUCAGCAGAAGCUGCUACGAUUGGAACAAGCUGAACAGGGUGAUGAGAACGUGGAAGAAGUGGAGGAUGAAGAGGAGGGUUCAGAAGGAUCUCAGGAGCAUCCGGGUAGUGCUGUGGCUUCAGAUGAUGACUUUGGCGAGGAAGAUAAUGAUUACUGCGCAAACUACUUUGAUAAUGCAGACAAUGCUCCGAAUGCAAUCAGACUUCACGAAAUGAAGAACUAUUUUGGACGUAAGGUGGCUGUUGAUGCCUCCAUGUGUCUAUACCAGUUCCUUAUCGCAGUUCGUCAAGAUGGGUCUCAGUUGCAGUCGGAAAGCGGAGAUGUCACAAGUCAUUUGAUGGGCAUGUUUUACCGCACAAUUCGAAUGAUCGAUAAUGGUGUGAAGCCAUGUUAUGUGUUCGACGGAAAGCCACCUGAUAUGAAGAGUGCGGAGUUGGGUAAACGAACAGAAAGACGCGCUGAAGCUGAAAAGGGACUCGUCGAAGCAAAAGAGAAGGGUGACACUGUUGCUGCUGAUAAGUUUGAGCGUCGACUCGUGAAAGUUACUAAGGAGCAGAACGAAGACGUCAAACGACUUCUUCGUCUCAUGGGAGUUCCUGUUGUGGAAGCACCAUGUGAAGCUGAAGCUCAAUGUGCUGCUCUUGUGAAGGCUAAUAAAGUGUUUGCAACAGCGACCGAGGAUAUGGAUUCGUUAACAUUUGGUUCGAAUAUCUUACUUCGGCAUAUGACAUUCUCCGAAGCGAAGAAAAUGCCAAUCAAGGAGUUUUCCCUUGCUCGCAUUCUCGAAGAUUUCGAUAUGCCAAUGGAACAGUUCAUUGAUCUUUGCAUCCUUUUGGGUUGUGAUUAUUGUGAGUCGAUACGUGGAAUUGGCCCGAAGAAAGCAUUUGAGCUUAUCAAAACAUAUGGCGACAUCGAAUCAAUACUGGAGAAUAUUGACACCAAGAGCCCUGUAUUAGAUGUCGAAGUGGGUGCAUGGGGACCACGUGGUAAGCCGCCACAAGUUGUAACGACAACUGCACCCCAACAGGGCUUUCCAAACAUGAGGUGGUUAGGUGCGUUCGGAGGUGAUAUGCCACGCCUCCAACAGAAACCACAAGAAAUCGUUGACUAUCCUGUGAUCAUCAUUCCCGAAUCAAGUUUUUACCAAAUAGGACAACCACUUCCGAGACCGUACCCCAUAUAUCCGCCGAGUGGAUAUGAUCACAGUACGCGUGCCGCCGCCAACCUACUCAACCUACGCGAGACCGCCAUAGACAAAGAUAACCAGUGA